UUCAAUUAUCUCCCUCUUUUUGUCCCUUUCCUGCCUGCCUUCCUCGCCUGUAGACCAAAGUGAUGCUUGAGACAGUGAAUUGAUAUGUUCGAAUCAGGAUUCUAACCCUGUUGAGCCCUUUUAGACUUGCACAUCCUUUCGAUGUUUAAUUUUUUUUAAUUUGACGUACACAGUUUUCUCAAAAAAAAAAAAAAGUGUGUUACUGUAACAUGACAAAAACCUAUGUAAAAGGCCCGACUAUUUUCAAGCCUCUUUCCAUUUCAGUCCAUUGUUUUGUCUCCAGCCUUCGUCUUUGAAGAAAGUGGAUGCUUCAAGUCCAUUUGCAGGAGACAAGGUUACUGAAUUUGGUUUAUGAUACUGGCAUUCGAGUUAAUGUUCUCCCUCCCCCCCUGCCCCCACUCCCCCCCCAGAAAGGACUGUGGUUCAAGUAGAUUGGAUUUUCCCAUUUGACUCCAAUGUCUCGUAUGGUGAUGGACGUUUAAAUUAAGCAAGUCAUUUGUAAAGUACUGUUUAAGCACCAAAUCUGUAACGUGUCAAGCCCCAGUCUCCUCUCCCUGUCUCCACUGUUCUUUGUUCGAAAGCACAUGCCUGACCGUGAAAAGUUGAUGCAAACGUGUUACACGCCCAGUCAUGGUGGAGGAGCACUCCCUCCAGCCCCCAGCGCCCCCUCCUACACCGACAAGGAGAAAACAGCCACAGAAAUGACUUGCAGAACCAAACACUGUACUUCUGAUGUGUUUUACAAGCAUAAGUGCCGUUUAAAAGACGAAACACGUUGCAGUUCAGUUUUCCCUCUUGCCCACUUUUGGUCCCUGACAUACUUUGUUCAGAGAGAACUUUUUAACACACAGCCCUCUUUCCCUCCAAAAGCUCCUGUUUCCUUUUUUUCCACUCUUAAGGGGGGGGAAAAAACGUUCACUCACAUUUUGAUGAGGAUACAUGUAAACGGCAGUUCAGUGGGCCACGUUUUGUUCUUCCUCUCGAUAUGUUCACAACUUAAGUCCGUGAAGUGAUCGUAGGUGUGUGAAAUACAGUUGUGGGAGGAAGAAGUGUCCACGCAGGACAGUAUCCUGCAAAAAUGUCUGAAGCACCAACUGACACAUUAUCCAGUGCGCAGGGCCAACCGAAAAUGAACUGCAUUUAUUUGAAGUUUCCCAUCCUUUGUGAAAUUCCUCCUCCAGGAGCCAAGUGCAAAAACUGAAUGCUAACAGAUGGCCCUUCCAAGUUUCGAGGGCUCCUAGGUUGCAGAAGGAUGGUUAUUUAACUUUACUUUUAACAUGAGAGGUUGAGGAAAUGGGAUUUCUCUUGUAGAUGAAAAUUUUAGCUGUCGCCCCUUGAAUUUAAAAAUAUUUCCCCAAACAUUUAAAAAAAGUGCUCAGGCAUAUCAACACAAGGGUUUAUUGUUUUUUGGUUCUCAAAGCAAUGUCAUCCAUGGAAUCCAAGAAGCCUCAGUAAUUAUGUCAAACUGUACUUUAGGAGUCUUUGUUUUUGAAAUGUCACAGUACUGCCUUUUUUUUCCCCCCAAACUGAUGUACCAUUAUUAGGUAAAAUUGAAAUUAAUGGAUGUUGCAAAAAAAAAAAAAAAGGGUGUCACUCAGAAUCCCUGAUUUAACAGCAACUCUCACACACUUGUAAUCUUUAAAAUUUUUAUAUUCUCUGGGGAGAGCUUUAAUCUGAAAGCAAAUAAAAAUCUCCCAGUAGACACAGAAUCAGAUGUGACCAGGAAAACAUGGAUAUUCUGGAAAUAAAACCCCUUUAUUUUUCACUCCCCUCAAAUUUGCUCUUCAAAAGAAAGCACAAAAAAUGGUUCCCCGAAAGGGCUUUCUAAUUCGUAGUCUGUCCUGCCUCCCAGAUAGGGUUUCACUUUGCUCUGAAAGUUUAACUUUUUGCCUCUUGACAAGCUACAGUUUUUUUUAAGUAGAGCUGGCUCUUUUAGAAAGCCACUUCUAUGGCUUUUCCUUAGCCAGGAGGGCUGAUCCCAAGGGGAAAUUGUUCUGCACCUGUGCAAGUGAAGGCUUUCCCGGCUGUUGACUACCUGGCAAGUUAGAGGUGAAUAAUUGAAUUUGUAUGUUCCAUCCGCUUCAAUGUAGACAAUUUCAUAUUAGGCUGAUUCAGUCAUUUAUCAUUUAAUAAUACCUCCACCUCUGCUCGUUUCUCUUAGAUCUUUUUGCUUCCCUGGUAGGGGAGAAAGGGAUGUCUCAGCAUUGCGUUAUUUGUUGCUCACUUUUGUUACGUUUUUGUAGCUCGAGUUCCUAGAACCAUCUCGUUGUGUAGGCCAGAUCCAGUUACAGUAAAUACCUGUGGUGGAAAUUGCUAGUGAAACCAUUUCCAUUCCUCCGUGGAUAGCUUUAGGUCAAACCAUAUUCCGGAGAACCUAAUUUUGGUCCCCACGGACAAUUAAUUAUCUUCUAGUCGCAGAGCGCCUGGUUCUCACUCAGGUUAGCAGCUUGAGUGACAGAAGACAAUAAUUCAGAACAAAUAGACGUGUAAUGGCUGAGUUUCUAAAUUAGCAAGGCGCUCGCCUCUACCUUGGCAACAUGACUACUGACAAUAGGAGAAAAAAAGAUGGUUUCUGAGAUUUCUGGCAGUUGGUAUUUAAUAAGCUGAUUCAAGGAACCGGAGGAGCAGUGUGCUCAUUGGUGGAGGGAAUCUUGUCAGAAUAAACGGUUUGAGGCCGGUUUCAUAAUUAAAACCUAAUGGAAAGAGUAGAAAAGCUGCCCGUUUGGGUGGCAUGUAAAGUUCAUUGGGGUAAGUUAAAGUCGAACUCAUUGUUUGAGGGGAGCCAGACCUGGAGGAUUUCACUUUCCAGUCUCUGCUGUAGGCCUCUGCUUUUGGUCGCCCGUGAAGAUGCUGUCUUGAAGACAUGGUGCGAGGCUUUCUGGGUCAAUUUAGUAACGAUAGGCGAUUACGUGGGCAGUUUGUAAGAUUUCUGACCGUUAAUCAGUUGAUGACAAAAAUGAAGACUUGGCCUCUUGGUUGCUGUGGAUGUAGUUGCCUCCUGCUGUUAGAAUCAUUUUUUUUUUAGCAGAACAUAGGAUAUUUGCUCAAAGCAUAGUUGGCUUCUCCUGGCCGAAUUGCUCUGGCUAGAGGAUCUUUCUCGUGUGUAUUUUCUUGUCAUUUCGUAUCUGUGUGAAUUGGUGACUCAGCUCCCUGUUUGUGAGGCAAGUGGUGACAUCUUUUGAACGUCGGAGGUGGCAACAGGAUAUGAAGGAACACUGUGGGCUUCGUGGGGCAGAUAAGAUGGUGCCAGGCCCGGCUGGCCCUCCCCGCCAUGUGCAGUGGGCCCUGAGGAUAGCUGCCAGUCCUCAGGGUCAUUGCGGUCAAAGGGGCAUGUGUAGGACUCCCACACAGUGCCCGGCGCUCAGGGAAUCUUUGGCAUCUGUUGCCCCUGCCAGAGAAAAAUUCCAAAUAGGACAGACAGUCUGGUGUGUAAACACAAGUAAGAGUGAUGACUGUGUUUUUGGAGGAAGUCGAUCUAUCUUUCAUUUUUUAGGUUUCUGGUCAGCCUAUUUAAUUGCAAGGAGCCAGCUGGGGUUGAAACUAAAUGGAAGCCAUCUGAAGGCAUUUCUUGCUGGCUCGAUGUCCUCGUUAUAGCUGCUGGAACGGUCCUACAGUCUUGAGCUCAGGCUGCCUGCUUUCCCGUGUUCGUCUUUUGCAGUUGGGAUCUGAGUCGGCGCUCCGGUCUUGGUAGGCCUCCCGAGAACUGGGAAAGCAGGGCCUCAGCUCCUCGCCCGCUGCGAACUAGUCACAGCACCUCAGCCAAGUCCUUUACCCUCACUGGAGCCUCUGAGAGGAGUGAGCAAGGUCUGUCCCAGCUCCAGGCUUCGCCCCCGGUCGGAGACUGGGCAAGUCAGUUCAGGCUUUGUUCGUCCAGCCGCCAGGCUUGUCUCGUGCUUUUCUCGGAGCAGAAAGGUUUGCAGGGUGUGCAAGGAGCCCUUCUCUCCUGAGGCCUUUAUUUAGAGUCGGGCAAGGGUUGGUCCCCCCUCUCUGGGCCUUGUGUUUCCUGCGGUGCCUCACCCGCCUUCUGCAGCUUCAGGGGGCUGUGGCUGCUGCUGCAGCUCCCGAGACCUGGUUGCAGAGAGGCCUUCAGUGGAUUGUAGGGUUAGGCUGAGUGGCUGGAGUGCAGGCAGCUCCAUCAGAAACCUUGGCUCCGCAGCCAGCUGGGCACUGGGCCCUGGUCCCACUCGCCCUUGUCGAGUGGUCCCAGAAACCGUGAGCUCCAGAGCCGUCGAGCUGAAUAUAGCAUGGAUGCUGCCUGUUGCCUCCACAUCGGGCUUGGCCCUCCUCUGGUGGAGCAAUGAUAUCGGCUGGGGACAUGGGAGUCAGGCUGACCGGGCGUGACUCAGGAAUGAUUCGGCUCCUGAGGCAGUCUCCUGGCCUUCCCAAAGGUGUGACAGUGCCUCUUGUGCACUGUCAUGUGAAGGUCACAGAUGACCUUGGGGGAGGGGUCCUUCAGAGUGAUUCUCACACAGUGGCUCACCUCAGCCCUAUGUGCUGGGAAACUAAGGCAGGUGAGCUCACUGGUCUGAGGUCAGCUAGUGGGUGUAGAGGCCGAGACAGAACCAGGCAGGCUGUGGCCCCGCCCCAGCUCUCCACCCCUCUGCUGUCCUGGCUCUGGUGCCCUACUUGUCAGCCCGCAGCCUGCAGCCCUUAGUGGGCUGCGAAGUCCAUUGAUUGAUUUGUCUCCUGCAUUUGAAAAACCAAGGCAUGGAAGAGGAUAGAAAAAGCAGAGUACAGCAAAGGGAGGAUGGUGAGUUGGAAGAAGGUGAACUGGAAGAUGACGGAGCCGAGGAGACCCAGGACACCUCCGGAGGGCCCGAGAGGAGCCGGAAAGAAAAGGGAGACAAGCACCAUAGCGAUUCCGACGAGGAGAAGUCGCACCGGAGGCUGAAGCGGAAGCGGAAGAAAGAGCGAGAGAAGGAGAAGAGGAGGUCGAAGAAGAGGAGGAAGUCCAAGCACAAGCGCCACGCUUCCUCCAGCGAUGACUUCUCUGACUUCUCCGACGACUCGGACUUCAGCCCCAGUGAGAAAGGGCACCGCAAGUACCGAGAGUACAGCCCCCCAUACGCGCCGUCCCACCAGCAGUACCCUCCGUCGCACACCACGUCGCUGCCCAAGAAGGGCUACUCCAAGAUGGACAGCAAAGGCUACGGCAUGUACGAAGACUACGAGAACGAGCAGUACGGGGAGUACGAGGGCGACGAGGAGGAGGACCUGGGCAAGGAGGACUACGACGACUUCACCAAAGAGCUGAACCAGUACCGGCGCGCCAAGGAGGGCAGCAGCCGGGCCCGAGGCAGCCGAGGCCGCGGCAGGGGCUACCGGGGCCGAGGAAGUCGCGGCGGCUCUCGAGGCCGAGGCAUGGGCAGGGGCGGCCGAGGCAGGGGCAGAGGCUCCGUGGGAGGAGACCACCCGGAGGACGAAGACGACUUCUACGAGGAGGAGAUGGAAUAUGGAGAAGGUGAGGAGCCCAUGGGCGACGAGGACUAUGACGACUACUCCAAGGAGCUGAACCAGUACCGCCGCUCCAAGGACGGCCGAGGGCGAGGGUUAAGUCGAGGCCGGGGCCGGGGGUCCCGAGGUCGCGGGAAAGGGAUGGGCCGGGGCCGCGGUCGAGGCGGAAGCCGAGGAGGGCUGACCAAGGGCGGCAUGAACGACGAUGAGGACUUCUACGACGACGACAUGGGCGACAGCGGCGGAAGCUACAGGAGGAGUGACCAUGACAAGUUCCACCAGCAGUCUGACAAGAAAGGCAAAGCCAUCUGCAAAUACUUUGUGGAAGGGCGGUGCACAUGGGGGGACCACUGCAAUUUCAGCCAUGACAUCGAGCUACCGAAGAAGCGAGAGCUGUGCAAAUUCUACAUCACCGGCUUCUGCGCCAGAGCGGAGAACUGCCCCUACAUGCACGGUGAUUUCCCGUGUAAGUUGUACCACACCACCGGGAACUGCAUCAACGGCGACGACUGCAUGUUCUCCCACGACCCUCUGACCGAGGAGACGAGAGAGCUCUUGGACAAGAUGUUGGCUGAUGAUGCGGAAGCGGGCGCUGAGGACGAGAAGGAAGUUGAGGAACUGAAGAAGCAGGGCAUCAACCCCCUGCCCAAGCCGCCCCCCGGUGUGGGCCUCCUGCCCACCCCGCCUCGGCCCCCCGGCCCCCCGCCCCCCACCUCUCCAAACGGCAGGCCCAUGCAGGGCGGGCCCCCACCCCCACCCCCGCCCCCUCCUCCGCCCCCCGGGCCCCCGCAGAUGCCCAUGCCGGUGCACGAGCCGCUGUCCCCACAGCAGCUGCAGCAGCAGCAGGACAUGUACAACAAGAAGAUCCCCUCCUUGUUCGAGAUUGUGGUGCGGCCCACAGGACAGCUGGCGGAGAAGCUGGGCGUCAGGUUUCCUGGACCCGGAGGACCCCCAGGGCCAAUGGGCCCUGGGCCGAACAUGGGCCCCCCAGGGCCAAUGGGGGGCCCGAUGCACCCUGACAUGCACCCUGACAUGCACCCAGACAUGCACCCCGACAUGCACCCGGACAUGCACCCCGACAUGCCGAUGGGCCCUGGCAUGAACCCUGGCCCGCCCAUGGGACCUGGCGGCCCCCCAAUGAUGCCCUAUGGUCCCGGAGAUUCCCCACACUCUGGAAUGAUGCCCCCCAUCCCGCCAGCCCAGAACUUCUAUGAAAACUUCUACCAGCAGCAGGAGGGCAUGGAAAUGGAGCCGGGACUCAUCGGGGACACAGAGGACUACGGGCACUACGAAGAGCUGCCAGGGGAGCCUGGGGAGCACCUCUUCCCCGAGCACCCUCUGGAGCCCGACAGCUUCUCUGAGGGAGGGCCCCCAGGCCGGCCGAAGCCGGGCGCCGGUGUCCCUGACUUCCUGCCCUCGGCCCAGAGGGCCCUGUACCUGAGGAUCCAGCAGAAGCAGCAGGAGGAGGAGGAGAGAGCAAGGAGGCUGGCUGAGAGCAGCAAGCAGGACCGGGAGAAUGAGGAAGGUGACACUGGGAACUGGUACUCGAGUGACGAGGACGAAGGUGGGAGCAGCGUCACCUCCAUCCUUAAGACCCUGAGGCAGCAGACGUCUAGCCGCCCCCAGGCGUCGGUGGGAGAGCUGAGCAGCAGCGGGCUGGGGGACCCCCGCCUUCAGAAGGGACACCCCCCAGGAGGCCGGCUGGCUGACCCCCGCCUCAGCCGGGACCCGAGACUCACCCGCCACGCCGAGGCUUCCAGUGGUUCGGGCCCAGGCGACACAGGGCCCUCCGACCCUCGGCUGGCACGCUCCCUGCCCACUUCCAAGCCUGACGGCGGCCUUCAUUCCAGCCCUGUAGGCCCCGGCAGCUGCAAGGGGUCUGGACCACCCCCUGCAGAAGAGGAGGAAGGGGAGCGGGCCUUGAGGGAGAAGGCCGUGAACAUUCCCCUGGACCCCCUCCCCGGACACCCGCUCCGGGACCCGAGGUCGCAGCUGCAGCAGUUCAGCCACAUCAAGAAGGAUGUGACCCUGAGCAAGCCGAGCUUCGCCCGCACUGUGCUCUGGAACCCUGAGGACCUCAUCCCCCUGCCCAUCCCCAAGCAGGACUCGGUGCCCCCCGUCCCCGCUGCCCUGCAGUCCAUGCCUGCCCUGGAUCCCAGGCUGCACCGUGCCGCCGCCCCGGGACCCCCCAACCCCCGGCAGCGCCCGGGCACCUCCACGGACCCCGGCACAUCCGGCUCCAACCUGCCUGACUUUGAGCUCCUCUCUCGAAUUCUCAAGACUGUCAAUGCCACCGGCCCCUCAGCGGCCCCCUGCCCCAGCGACAAGCCCAGUGACCCCCGGGUGCGGAAGGCCCCCGCCGACCCUCGGCUGCAGAAACCAGCAGACUCUGCUGCCUCCUCCCGGGCUGCCAAGCCUGGUCCCACCGAAGCGCCCUCUCCUUCUGGCAGCCCCAGCGGGGAGUCCUCGCCCCCGGCCACCGCGCCCUAUGACCCCCGUGUGCUGGCGGCCGGCGGGCUGGGCCAGGGCAGUGGGAGCGGGCAGAGCAGCGUGCUGAGCGGCAUCAGCCUCUACGACCCCAGGACUCCCAACGCGGGGGGCAAAGCCUCGGAGCCGGCCGCCGACUCGGGCGCCCAGCCCAAGGGCACUGAGGGCAAUGGCAAGAGCUCGGCCGCCAAGGCCAAGGAGCCGCCGUUCGUCCGCAAGUCGGCCCUGGAACAGCCCGAAUUGGGGAAGGCCAGCGCAGACGGGGGGGCAGCCACGGCCACGGACAGAUACAACAGCUACAACCGGCCCCGGCCCAAGGCCUCCGCGGCCCCCGCCGCCACGGGCACCCCGCCGCCCGAGGGCGCCCCACCGCAGCCCGGCGUGCACAACCUGCCCGUGCCCACGCUCUUCGGGACCGUGAAGCAGGCGCCCAAGACAGGCUCCGGGAGCCCGUUUGCUGGCAACAGCCCAGCGCGGGAGGGCGAGCAGGAUGCAGGGUCCCUGAAAGAUGUUUUUAAAGGCUUCGACCCCACUGCCUCGCCCUUCUGCCAGUAG